AUGGCGCUGCUCGAGUAUGUAUUCGGCAACAACACUGCCCUGACACCAUUGUUCUCGGUCACACUUCUCAGCUACCCAGAUCCUUGUGGAGAACUCCUUCAUGCAAAAUUUCGGCCCAGCAUUGAGCAGAUGAAGACAUCGUUGGACUUGCUAUUGCGGCACUGGAAUCCAAUGCAGCAGUACUGUGCAAAGCGUAACUUACCACCUUCGCCGCUUGAAGUUGGCCAAACUUUUCGCAUAUCUUCGCCGGAGCUGCAGAAGGCGUUGUGCUCGGCACUCAUACAGAGUGUACCAAGCCUUCGCGCGCAGAAUACAGAUCAAGUAGAAGCAGCUUUUGAGGGACUGCAGAGACAUCGCCUCGUACAGAACAUCACCAUGGAUGCAGAGCUUCAGCUAUGGGCUCAAAUGUAUGCGAAUGCAAUUGGAAAGCAUCCGGCAGGCAGUGCCGGCGCUUUGCAGCAACGAUCUCUUCCGCCUAGGCGAGUGUCUCACGGCCAGCAGGCUACUAGCUCGGUGGCUGCUACGCCAUCUCCACAGAAUCGGGCAACACCUGGCCGAGUUUCCUACGGCCAGCAGGUCGCUUCCUCAGCGGCCACCACGCUCUUACCACAGAAUAGCGUGACAGCCGCAGUUCAAUGGAUACAAUCACCAACGUUGAAUCAGACUAACAGAGCCGUGCGGCCUGAUCCACGCCUAUCAUCGGCUUUGGGCGGCCAGGCCUUCCAAAUGCAACAGCAGGUUCCACAGGCGCACCCUUUGCUUCCUCCAGAAGGGGUUCACCUGGCUCAGGCGGUCAACCCGAAUCCAGAUAGAGUGGCGUUACACCAAGCACACCUGCGUCCAGCCAAUCCGCAGCUUAGAGAUGACGAGGACAGACCUUGUCCAGACCUUCGAUUGUACCAGGUCGUGACGAAACCUGUUCUGGGUCCUGCUCUCCUCACACAGAAAACAAGGUACUUCAAAUCAUCGUUCGAGAUCGACGCACUGUCGCUACGGCACAAGACACGGUUCAUAGCCGCAGGGCAUUCAGCAUUCGACCCAGAGCGACAAUCAGAGUUCUAUGCUACUAGCACGACCUGGCCUGAACAUCUGUUCAUCACCUUCAACAAUGAAGACAUCGAGCUCAGACGGAAGCCUCACUAUGGCAGAUGCCUUCCGGCUUACCUCACCAAGAACGUCAAAGCCGGCAACAACACUUUUGAAAUUUCACACGAUCAGACAGAGAAGGAAGCAACAAGCAAGCAGCAAUUCUGGAUAGCUGUCGAGCUCCUGGAGUGCCUCAGUCAUAAGAGGAUUCGCGAAUUUAUCACUCGCCUAGAUGCAGACUCGGUUCUUCGGGACAUCACAAACCGCCUCAAGCCAAUCGACGACGAUGACCUUGUGAUUGCAGGAGCAACCUUGUCGGUAGAUGUGAUAGACCCUUUCACUGCACAGAUUUGGAAGAUUCCUGUGAGAAGCAAGUACUGCCUGCAUCGAGAAUGCUUCGACCUUGAGACAUUUCUCAAGAGCAGAACCAAAGUGCACGAGGGACCUUAUUCACCUGACGAGUUCAAGUGUCCUCAUUGCAAGAAGGACGCAAGACCAGCGAAUCUGAUAAUUGAUGGAUUUCUGGAGAAGGUGCGAGCCACAUUGGAAGAGCAGGGCAAGCUUCAGUCUGUCAAGGCGAUCCUGGUGAAUCAAGAUGGCGAAUGGGAGGCAAAGGAAGAGCUGGACGUUCAGGCAGAUACUACUAUGGAAGGCACACCAGUAGAGAAAGCGGUCGAUGAGCCAGGAUCGAACAAGGACCGGACUAUUUCGGUGACCUUAGUCCUUGACUUGGAGUAA